UCCUUUCCAGGAAGCCUACAUAAAAAUGUUUAUUACAUUGAAGACCUUUUAUAAUGCUUCUUGAAAGAGCUGAAUAAUUUAGAAGUUUUGGUAUUUCACAAAAAGUUUGUGAAAAAGUGAAAAGAAAUCCAUUUUAUGGUUUACAUAAAAUAUAGGAACACCAUGUUUUCUUUGUGCUUUUACAAAGUUUGGUUUCAACCUUGGAAAUAAACUAAGGCAAUUUCAAUUAGAAGUCUGAAAUACAAACGGACCUUGGGUUUUUAAAAAAAAAUAUUUGAAAAAAAUUGCUCUAGAAUGUGUACUUUAUUGUUUACAGUAAUUCUGUUUUUCUUUUUUCAGCUAUUUUAUUUGCAUUUCUCAUCUACGUGGGUAUUUUCAUUAUUCUGAUGAUUGGACAGAUUUUCAUAAACACUGAACGAGUAAGAAAUUGGUUCUUCAAAAAGAUGGAUCCUAGAGAAACUGAUCGACUUAUUAAUUCAGAACUUGGAUCCCCAAGUAGAACAGAUUCCAUUGGUGGUGAAUUCCCAAUAGGAGUAUGGAACACUCCUUCCUCUCUACCGAGACUUCGUUCCCUGGAUACCUUCAGAGGGUACAUUGCAGUUCUGGAUAAUUCCUUGGAAUUUUUCUGUAAAUGUCUUUGAGAAUAUUAUCAGCUG